AUGACAGCUGAUGCUGUUGACUUGAAAAGUUUGAAAGGGUUACAGGAAAAAGCAAUAACAGUUUUAAUCAGUGAAAAGGACUGUAUAUAUUCACUUCUAACUGGAUACGGAAAACCAUUAAUAUAUGAACUGCUUCCUUUUAUAAAUCAUGGUUGCUUAGUCAUUGCUCCACUUUAUGCAAUAAUAAAGCAACAAGUACAAAAACUUUGUGGUAUGGCAAUGUCAAUGCAGUGGAUUGGAUAUGGAUAUGAAAUGGCGAGACAACUUCUAUCAGACAGAUUUUAUGCAGGUGAUAAGACACCACAGAGUGCACGAGUGGUCAUGUUUCACUCUUCAAUGGAAAAAGCUGAAAGACAUGAUUCUUUCAAGUUUACAAAGGCAGACUGUUGUAUCCGCCUCAUUAUUUCAUCAGUGGUACUGGGAAUGGGGACAGACAAAAAACAUGUCAGAAGUGUCAUACAUGCAGGCCCACCGACUACACUGGAAACCUAUUUUCAAGAGAUAGGAAGAUCAGGGAGGACAGGUACCUCUGCUCAAGCUAUCCUGUAUUGUAAUAAUACUGAUCUGGCAACUCAACACAUGCGAAAUGAAAUAAAAGUAUACUGCAGCGGUGAAAGGUGCUUUUGAGAACUUAUCGAUGAAUACUUUGGCUUCAAAGCAGUUUAAAAACAUUCUGUUUGCUGCAACAGGUGUCAACC